UCCAAAUACCAGUAUGAACCCUUCUGUGCAAGACAACAACUUUAGCUCUUUAAGCUUGGCUGAUACUCUAAAGAUCAAUGCGCCAUUGGAAAAGAAGAACAACUUGUACAAGUAUCUUCAGAAGAACAAGGACACUCUCACAGAGUUGUCCUUGGACAACUGCAAGGAGGACCUUGUGCACUUGUUCGGCCAGUUCGAGUUCCCCUUGCUCACUAAGUUCGAACUUAGUGAGUUCGUGGCAAUCGAAGAUGCCAAAGGAAGCAAAUAAGUCAAAGAGUAAGCAGCUGUACGGGGAAAUAGACGAGAGUCCGAUGACAAAGAUCCCUCUAGACAGGUUCCCUGGUCUGGUCGAGUUGAAGAUAGUUAAUUCUCCGAAUAUUACUAAUGGGAUUUUUGGUGUUAUAGCAAAGCACUGCCCCUUACUCACUUGGCUGGAAUUUGGCGGCAAGCCAGAAGAGUAUAACUGUAAUAUCAGUCUUGAUGGAAUCAGAGUGCUAGAAGGAUGAGUAUUGGGAUGAGUAUUCUGAUGAAGAAGAUCACCAUCAUGUUGACAUGGGGCUCCAAUCGAACCUAUAGAGACUCUCAAGAUUCACUACUGUGUCAAGAUCGGUGAAAAGUCUAUUGAGUUGAUAAAUGAAAGGUUUUGAGAUAGUCUCAAAUCCUUUUCUAUUUACAGAAACUAUCUAGAAUUUUCAGCUAAGAUCACUGACAAAUGCCUGAAGGCAUUUGAGAAGUCAACUAAGCUUGAGACUCUAGAAGUGGUCUAUUGUAGGAACUUUGAUUGGGACUGAGUCUCUAACAUUGCUACAUGCUGAAAAAAUUUAAAAGUUCUCAACCUCCAGGAUUGCCCCAUCCAGGAAUCCUUUGAGCCACUGGCUGAAGGAUGCCCAUACUUGGAAGAACUCAACAUGAGUGGAGAUUCUUGGGUGAAAGAAGAAGCCCUUGUAGGCCUUUGAAAGCACAAGAAUUUGAAAAUUUAUCAUCUUGGACAUUUCGAGCAUGGUGAUGUUGAUUGCUUGGAUAUUGAUGAGCCAGAGAAAGGUAAAUUUAUAGGCACUUUGCUCUCUUGAGAAGAUAAUUUGCCAAAUUUGCAAGUCCUACACUUGGAAAAAUGAUGUUUAUCUAUGUAUAUUGAAGACAGAAUCAAGAACAAAAGACCAGAUGUAGAGAUAGCGGUAUCUGAUGUGUUUCCCACCAAGAUUUCAAAGGAUUUGGAUUAAACCAUUCCAUCUAUCAUAUUGUUAAAAAUCU